GGGCCUCAGGAGCAGAGGGGCAGGCUGGCCUGGGUGCGGACGCAGGGGCGGUGGGUGAGGAGCGCGGGGGCGCCCAGGGCAGGCCGGGAAGUGGGGGGCAGGCCUCCCCCUGGGCCGGGCCGGGGCGGCGCUAGGACCGAGCGUGGAGGGACGAGCCGGGCGGAGCCAGCGCCCCCCGCCCCCGGCCGCUGGCUCGCUCGACUCUCAACGCUGCAGAGGCUCCGAGGCGGCGGCGGUGACUCCCUCGUUCCCUCCCUCCUCCUCUGUCCGUCCGUCUGCGCGUCUGUCCGUUCGGCCUGGGUCCGGCCCGCAGUAUGGCCGGCGUCAGCUUCAGCGGCCACCGCCUGGAGCUGCUGGCGGCGUACGAGGAGGUGAUCCGGGAGGAGAGCGCGGCCGACUGGGCUCUGUAUACAUAUGAGGAUGGCUCAGAUGACCUCAAGCUUGCAGCAUCAGGAGAUGGGGGCUUGCAGGAGCUCUCGGGCCACUUUGAGAACCAGAAGGUGAUGUACGGCUUCUGCAGCGUCAAGGACUCCCAGGCUGCUCUGCCAAAAUACGUGCUCAUCAACUGGGUCGGUGAGGAUGUGCCUGAUGCCCGCAAAUGCGCUUGUGCCAGCCACGUGGCUAAAGUGGCUGAGUUCUUCCAGGGUGUCGACGUGAUUGUGAAUGCCAGCAGCGUGGAAGACAUAGAUGCAGGUGCCAUCGGGCAGCGGCUCUCCAACGGGCUGGCGCGGCUCUCCAGCCCUGUGCUGCACCGACUGCGGCUGCGCGAGGAUGAGAACGCUGAGCCGGUGGGCACCACCUAUCAGAAAACUGAUGCAGCUGUGGAAAUGAAGCGGAUUAACCGCGAGCAGUUCUGGGAGCAGGCCAAGAAGGAGGAAGAGCUGAGGAAGGAGGAGGAGAGGAAGAAGGCCCUGGAUGAGAGACUCAGGUUUGAGCAAGAGCGGAUGGAGCAGGAGCGGCAGGAGCAGGAGGAGCGGGAGCGGCGCUACAGAGAGCGGGAGCAGCAGAUUGAGGAGCACAGGAGGAAACAGCAGACUUUAGAAGCUGAAGAGGCCAAGAGGCGGUUGAAGGAGCAGUCUAUCUUUGGUGACCAGCAGGAUGAAGAGGAAGAGACCCAGAUGAAGAAGUCAGAGUCGGAGGUAGAGGAGGCAGCGGCCAUUAUUGCCCAGCGACCUGACAACCCACGGGAAUUCUUCAAGCAGCAGGAACGGGUCGCAUCGGCCUCUGCAUCUGCAGGCAGCUGCGAUGUGCCCUCUCCCUUCAACCACCGACCAGGUCGUCCGUACUGCCCUUUCAUAAAGGCAUCGGACAGUGGGCCUUCCUCCUCCUCCUCUUCCUCUUCCUCCCCUCCACGGACUCCCUUUCCCUAUAUCACCUGUCACCGCACCCCAAACCUCUCUUCCUCCCUCCCAUGCAGCCACCUGGACAGCCUCCGGAGGAUGGCACCCACCCCCAUCCCCACUCGGAGCCCAUCUGACUCCAGCACGGCCUCCACCCCUGUCUCUGAGCAGAUUGAGCGGGCUCUGGAUGAGGUCACGUCCUCACAGCCUCCACCACUGCCACCACCACCCCCAGCAGCCCAAGAGACCCAGGAGGCUGGCCCUGGCCUGGACAGCGAAGAGACCAGUAAGGAGGCCAGAAUUGCAGCCCCUCAGGCCUGGGCUGGCCCCAUGGAGGAGCCUCCUCAGGCACCAGAGCCUCCCCGGGGGCAAGGCAGCCCCACAGAGGACUUUAUAUUCAUGGUGGCUCCGGAACAGGCUGUCCUGGCUACCCCUCUGGAGCCUGCCAUAGCUGACACCGCUGUAGCAGACACCCUGGCAGCUGCUGCCAUUGAAACCGACAUUGCUGCUGCUGACACCGCUGUUGCCAACACUGUCACCUCUGCCAGCCUCAUUGACCUAUGGCCUGGCAACGGGGAAGGGGCCUCCGCACCCCAGGCUGAGCCUAGGGCCCUUACACCACCCUCGGGUGCUGAGGUCACUCUGGUGGAGAUGCCCCUGUUGGAUGAGGUGGUUCAGGAGCCACUGCUGCCAGCAGGUGAAGGCUGUACCAGUCUCCUCAAUUUUGAUGAGCUGCCUGAGCCGCCAGCCACCUUCUGUGACCCAGAGGAGACAGUAAAAGAGGAGCCCCUGGCUGCCCCCCAGGCCCCAGUUCUGCUCUCCGCUCUAGAGGAGCUGGAUCAAGAGCCGGAGCCGGAGCUGGAGCCGGAGCCUGAGCCACACCUGCUGACCAAUGGCGAGACCACCCAGAAGGAGGGGACCCAGGCCAGUGAGGGGUACUUCAGCCAAUCACAGGAGGAGGAGUUCGCUCAAUCAGAAGACCUGUGUGCGAAGGCUCCGCCUCCUGUGUUCUACAACAAACCUCCAGAAAUCGACAUCACCUGCUGGGAUGCAGAUCCAGUCCCAGAAGAGGAGGAGGGCUUCGAGGGUGGAGAUUAGCAGUGGUGCCUGCCCUCAGGCUGCCCUUGCCAAGGCCACCCACCUGCGCCAGCCUCUGGCCAGAUGGCCUGCCGCGCCUGCACUGGAAGCAGCUCCGCCUGGCAACCACUCCGGAUUCCGGCCCUGGCCGGGGACUUGGCCACUUCCCUACCCACAGGGCCUGACUUUUACAGCUUUUCUCUCCCUUUUUUUAAAAGUUGAUAGGAGACUUGUACAGUUGACCGGUUUUUCUCCCGUUGGUAGUUGAGACGCUGUUGCAAAUUCCACCCCCUCCCUGCCCGGUCCAGAUUGUAGCGCUUAGUCCUCCCUGCUCACUCAGCUGGCCGGGGUGGAGGCCUCACCCUGCUUGGGGCCUGGCGUCGGGGGGAGCCCUGGUGGGAAAAUGUCCCCCCACCUCUUUUCCUAGUUUUAUGUUUCUUGGAAAAAUAUCACUUUGUAUUCUCUGUCCAGGGCUUCAGAUAUUUUGCACGAAUUUGAAAACAUGGCAAUAAACGGCUCGCGGGCUCUGGCUCCCUGGGACCCCCUCCCCGCCCUUCUCUUAACCCCUCCCCACCCGGCCCAAAGGAAGUAGCAGGCCCAGCUGGGGCCCCUCAGCUUCCCAGCCCUUUCCUGCCCUCCUCCUGCUGGGCGGGUCCCAGGCUGGAGGCCUUAGGCGCGAUUCAGGUCAGGGCUAUGGGUGGGGCCAGGGGCUUGGGUGGCCCCUCCCCAACUCCUCCCUCUUUGCUUGGGUUCCUUUUUCACAUUCAGUAACUGUUUUUUGGAAAGCACAAACUUAUGUAACGGGUCGUGCUCAUGUCUGUUAAUAAAGAAAUCCAGAUCCCUU